GCUAAACUACAAUCUGCUAAACUACCACCGGCUAAACUACAAUCUGCUAAACCACCACCUGCUAAAUUACAAUCUGCUAAACCACCACCUGCUAAAUUACAAUCUGCUAAACCACCACCUGCUAAAUUACAAUCUGCUAAACCACCACCUGCUAAACUACAAUCUGCUAAACCACCACCUGCUAAACUACAAUCUGCUAAACCACCUACUGCCACUGACUACUCUGGAACCUUAUCUGCUGUGGUAGGUCGUGGGCAUGUCAUCCCUGUCAAACUGACCUUGGCCCCUUUCUCCUCCUUACUCUCCAGCGAAGAGACCAACACCAACCUCCCCUCCAGCAGCCGCCCCUCCUCGUGCUCUAUCAAGCUUUUAGACAGUAGGAGUGACAUUCCUUGCUCCCUGGCUGUGAGCUCUAUUUCAACUGUUCUUGGACAUGACUCUAGCAGCAGCCCUGUGCGGGAGAAUCAAUUUGCUACUGAGGUCUCGUCGAUCUGCCUCAGCCAAGAUAGAAAUGGCCAAGGAGGGAGUGUGACACCUCCAGCCCCUUUGGAUGUUUCCCUCCCCUCCAUUAUUGAGCGGGCUGGUGGACUUGUAUGUUCCGUCAUCUCCAAGUCUUUAGCAAUUGUGGAGGCGCGGUCAAGUGUGAAUGGUGAGGAGGACUCUCCAUCUCCCACCACAGUCUCCCAUUCUCCUACAAGGGUGUUUGUCAGCCACUUAAGGAGUAGCCCACUAGGUGAGGACCUUGUAGAUUCAACACUUGCGGAUGUUAUCUCUGUCCUGAAAAUGGAGGGAAUUCUUUCCUCCUCUCCGACUUUGGAGGAGGAGCUGCUUGAUCUCUCCUCCAGUUGUUCUUCGUCAUCCAGCGAAACACUGCAAUGUGUGUCUGUUGGCCCUCUUGGCAGUGGGUCGGAGACGUCCUUGAAACUUCUUGGGGGUCGUACUCUGAGUAUCGCCACCCCAACGGCCCAUGUUAUCACAGAGGACUUAGAAGUCUACAGUGAUGAGAUCAUUGACGAAAUCCUUAUUAUAAUGAGGACCAAAAAAGAUGAUGACAGUGGAAGUGACGUCUCUGGUGCAUCAACACCAUGCAGCACACCAGCACCACAGAGCCGGUCCUCUUCUGCACUGAGGGGAGUGCUUCCCCAUGACAGGAGGAUACUCAGCACAACACUGCUUGGAAUCCAGAACACACGAGACAGUGAGAACCUCUCAGGAGAGUGCUCCAUCUCACCACAGGACAAUGCCAGAGUCCUGGAGAUGAUAAAGUUGCUGCAGAGGUGCCUUGAUGGGACACCCUCAGAGUCCUCCAUCCAUAUCACAGAUGUGGCUUCACCCUUGGGCUUUCCUCUCCCUGUAUCUCUCCAUGCUGUUCAGUCGUGUGUAUUUGCCACUGACAAAGACCUAAAGGCAGAAAGAGUGAAGGGAGUCUUUGAAAGCCUGAGAUCCCAGUUUAUGAGCUACUCCAUCAAGCCUGUGAGUAACAUCAUUACCAGGGCAACAACAAAGAUGGCUGCCUCCAAUCAGGUUAGUUUAGAGACACCCCAGGCAGCAUCAGCAAAAUCAGAUGCUGUGGCUCAGAACCUUAUUAGUUCGGUUUUAUUUCAAGUUGCCAAUGUGUCCUGCUCUGAUGACAUAGAGGGUCUGGGUGAUCAUCUCAGAUGCCCCUCAACUUUGACCAGAGUUCUGACACCUUUGACCUCUGAGAAAGCUACACUGACACCUGCUGUUCUGAAGAUCAGAAGGGAGAUGUGUAAGGAAGUGGCCACCGAACUCCAGAGUUUCUUGAUCAAGGAAUCCCUUACUGGCACCCAGACACCAUCCAAUGGACAUGCUUGCACUUCUGGUUCUGCCCCAAGGGAAGCUGUGCGGGACAUCCUGAGGAAAACCAAAGAGGAGGCUUCCAACAAAAGCCUGAAUAAUAUUUUCUCUGUUAAUUUGGAUGAGCGGCUCACAGACUCCAUUGCAGAUGCCUUAUAUCCAAAGCUGCAUGACACAUUGGAGUCCAAGAGAGAGCUGCAGGCUUCUUAUUACAGCUCCCAGAUCAGCUGCAGCCUCAGCCCCUUUGAAGUUGAGAGCAGCCUAGCGCUCCAGGAGUUCACUGACCCACUAUCUGAGUCAGUAUUGUGUCUCCUGGAUAGGACAUUUGGAGAUAAAGCUCAGAACUUAAAGACAGGCGGGGGUGUUUUACAAUAUGUUACAGACCCAACCUAUAAGAAGCUUUUGAUUGGACCCCACACCAACGACGUCAAUGUGGUUGUGCACACGAUUGCAGUAGAAGAGUUGCCUGUUGAGGGUUGUAUUGCGCAAAGUGAGGCCAUUCAUGGCCUUCACAAGAAGCAAGAGUUACCUUCCAGUGGCAGAGGGUAUGAGACCCCGAGCCCUACUAAUUGCCUGCUGGAGGGUGUAGUGGGCAAACUGGUACGGAAGAUGCUAUUUCAGGGCCUUGACAUCCCUGAGGUACCCAUGAACGACAGCCGCUCUGAGAGCUUUAAGCUACAGUAUGAACUGGUUGCGAAGCUUUGUCCUCUGAUGGUAAGGACACUCAUGGCUACAACCAUAGCCAAUCAACCACCUACUAUUCAAGAAGCAGUGAUGUCUUCCGAGAACAUCCAUGUGAAAGAGCUGUGUGAGGCAGGUAUCAAACCUCUCAAAGAGAACCAUGUACCCGAUGACUCUGAGACAAACAUCAUGGUCAGAAGGGCUUUGAGUGAAAUUGAAUCCUGUAUGAUUGAGACCUCCGACGAGGACUCUCCCAGUCUACAUUCCACACCAGAGGUGGUUGUAGACCUGAUCACCAAGCUGCUUCAUGGGUAUGAGCUUGACUCAGAGGACUUUGCAUCACCUGUGUCAUCCCCAACCACCACUCUCUCUGAUGUGGCAAUGGACAUGGUGGUUUCUGUCCUUCGGGACAUGUCCGAUUCCCCAGACGUUACCUCAGCAUUGGAAAUGACCAAGGAUCUCAAGACGCCGUACUCCCGCCCCUCAAGUGCAAGGAUUGUAAGUGCCCUCUGCAGAGAGCUGGAGGAGCACAUGGGCUCUCCUGAUGCUCUGAGGCGAGCUUUGAGCCGCGGCAGCGGGGAGAUGACAACAGCCAUUGCAAGUGCAGUCACCAGGGAAGUCAACCGUCUUGGUUCAAUCGUACCCAAAGUCUCUGUCCGGCCGCUCUCCUCAGACAUCUGCUUGAGGACAGAGCAGGACAAGGUCAUGGUUAAGAGCCGAUGUGGCUCGGCUGAGGUGAAGGCAGCCCAACCGGUGUAUAUUAUUGUUCACGUAGAGGCGGUGAUGGAUAUCAUUGUCCGGCUGCGGUCUCUGAUUGUUCCUCGGACUCAGGAUAAACUGGCCAGCUGGACCCUAGUUGAGGAUGUGACCAACAAACUGUCCAGUGCUCUGUGGGUGAGGGUGACUAACAGGUGGAGGGAAGCAAAUGUCUGCCUGAAGGCAACAGACAUCUUUCAGCUGGUGCUGUCUGUGCAUAGAAAGUUGAUGCAACGCUAUGGCACAGAGGAAGCCCUACAGAAGAUACUGUGCCACAAGGCACCCAAGCUGCACAAGGACAUUGUCUGUCUUGUCACGAACGCAAUUAUGGAUGCACCAUCCAAACGUCAAGGCACCAAAAAUCUGGAAUCUACACUCAACUUGAAAGAAUUGACAGCCUUGUUUAAUGAAAUGACAACCCGUCAAUCUUUGAAUAAGAAAGCUGAGCAGAGCAGCAUCAAGACUGAGAUUGAACAGCCGGAGUGGUCCACUGUGGAACAAGUGACAUCCGGUUCCAGCAGCUUCACUAGGGAGCUUAUAUUAGAAGAAGUCCUGAUGAAGCUUGUCAAGAAGAUAUGCCAUAUGCCAAAAAGGAUCAACAAACAUCAGCGCAUCCAGAUCAGUGAUCUGGUGACUGAGCUGAUCCGAUUGUUCGAUGAUGAGGUGGCCAAAUAUCUGAUUGAGGAAAUGGGAAGCCAGCAAAAAAGUUUCAAUUCUAAGAUGACAUCGAAGCUGGCAGAUGCCAUCUACACUGACCUUGGGAAGGUCAAGCGUUUGAAACGCUCCUUGAAAAUUGACGAUUUAUUUGAGGAUCAGGAGAUGCUUUCCAUUGUCUCUGUCAUUGUUUCCCACAAGCUACUGGGCAUCUUGAAACCCUCAGUGCCCAGCGAGACCUCAGACCUUGAAGACUCAUGCAGUGAUGAUGUGGAGGAUGCGGAAUCUGAGGGGGUGCAUUAUGCCACCGGCAGAAAGUCCAAGAUGAGCAUUGUCCUUAAAGACACUACGGACCAGCCAGAGAUGUACAUUGCUGUGGAUUCUCCACCUAUGUUUAAAUUAUCCAAGAUGAGGAAAGGCAUCCGGGACUUCUUCUGGGGAGUCCAGAAGGCCUGGAAACGCUUGGUCACCUGCAAGUCCUCUGGCUCCUCUGAUGGGUAGCUUGGAUGACGUGCAGCCCAUGUCAGUUGCUUUUGCCAGGCUACAUCUGAGGAGGACACCACAACUGGCCUCAAUACAACAUUUUUAUUUUUCAUUUUUGUUGUUCAUUUUGAGUCCCCUAAUGCUGCUAUAUUUGAACCAGGCUGUCAGUGGACUAGCUUACCAUUAGUUUAUAACUAUGUAUUUUAUUUUUCAAUCACUUACAUACUUUUUAAUGGUUGUUUUAAUAAAGCAUUUGUAUUGCAGAUUUUGAUUAAUAUUGUAUCUUUUAUCAUUUUUAAUUUAGGUAUUCAUUUGAUGACAUGGGACUAAAGCGUAGUUUAUACCCUACAUACGUACACAAGAAAUAACUACAAGCAGCUACACAAAAAACACUACACAAGAACGUAGGAUCAGCAUUUUGUGAAGCGUUCUUGUGUUGCACAUGAAGGGUAUGAACUAGGCUUAGUAAUUUUAUGACUUCUAUAAGGGUAUAUAAUGGUAUCCAUAGUGCAGUAUUAAGAUAUUCAUUAUGGAGCUUUAUAUUAUAGUAGAAAUAAUGUAAAUGAAUAAAAGUGAAUUGAUGUAUGUCAACUUGAUGGUGAUAUUUGCUUGCUCAACAAAAGCUAUAUUGGUGUUAGACGGUCUGAAGUUGCCUGACAUUCAGGUAUUUAUUUAAUUGGCACGGCCCUGAAAGAGGUAGAAAAGGCCUCAAGAUGGAGACAAAUAUCUUCUAUCAGAAAAUCGAAUCAAUGUAUUUAUCACAUGUGCUGAGUAGAACAGGUGAAAUGCGUACUUACAUCUUCCUCUAACUCUGCCUUGGCAGAGAAGGGCUUGAUGAAUCAUAUACAGUAUAUUGAAUUCAGAGUUUCUAGUGUGAAAUACAACAGUGCUGUCUGACAAAUUAAUUAGCAGUAUUAAAGCAGUGUAAUAUACACUGAGUGUACAAAACAUGAGUGCUCUUCCCAUGACAUAGAUGGACCAGGUGAAUCCAGGUGAAAGCUAUGAUCCCUUAUUGAUGUCACAGUGUAGAGGAAGAGACAGGUUAGUGAAGUAUUUUUAAGCCUUGAGACUAUUGAGACAUGGAUUGUGUAUGUGUGCCAUUCAGAGGGUGAAUGGGCAAGACAAA